GAUUGAUGUCCUUACUCAACGGAGAUCUUCAAGGAUACUCUGUUUUGUGGUGGCUCACGUGGUGGCUGAGAAUUCUUCUAUUAUCCCUUCGCAUUUUCUCGAGAAAAUAUGUUUUUAUCAUCAUGCAUACAUAAACUAACCACGUGCAAGAGAGUUGAGUUGUUGCAGUUCUGGUUAGCUUGUAUGAUCCAAAAAAAUAUAUGAAUUCUUACAAAAGACAAAACUCCCUUGUUUCAGUACAGAUCAGUCCGGUUUCCUCUUCCAUGAAACAGCUCCUUCACUGCAAAAGAUUUUAAAAAAAAAAUUGAUGACAACAGUGGCGUUUGAUUUUGGAGGUGGUGGAUGGAUCUUCCCUGUUACAAAAUGAAAGCUCUUUCUCAUCGCAGAUGGCAACAAACAAAAUCAAAAUUGCUUUUCCUUUACUGAACAAGAGUGCAAGAAACCCGGAAUUCUGUUUUCUGAAAACUUGCAUAACAAAUAAACACUGCGUCUUCUAUUAGUCUACCUCCUCCUCCUAUUACAUUACUACCAUAUAUAUAUAUAGAGAGAGAGAGAGAGGGAGCUUUGCUUUCCCACACUUUCUAGCUUUCAUUAAUGGCCUAAAACCUUACUAUGCAACACAGAACCCAAGGAUCUUUAUGCGUCUGCCUUUGUUUUGUUGUUUCACUAAUUCGAAAUUUAUUGUCUAGCGUAGUAGCUGUUGCAAUGGUGGUUGAAUUUUGCUCAUUUAAUGUCUUUUUAGAAACUCUCAAAAGAAAGUUCUGUUCUUUACCUUUUAUCUCUGCAUAAUAUAGCUAACUUAUGCAUAGCUUUAAUGGCUUCUUCUGUUUCCUUAUUAGGGAUUUCUUCUAGUUUUCAGAAAUGAGAUAAAACUUCCCAAUAUAAGUGCGGUUUUUAUUUUUAUUUUUUGUAGAGUAGGUUCUGGCUUCACAGGCCGCGCCGCUUGUGUUUGUUGCUCGUGCGCAGCGAAAUCCAGAUCUCGAGAGGGGGCUCAUUUGAAGAUAAUGCCAUUCGUGUUUUUUGUUAUAUAAGGUUGUGUUGCUUUUAUCUUUACUUUGUCCGUCAAUUUCGGUUGUGUUUGGUUAAUCUGCCAAGUGCCAUUCUUUGGAAGCCCCUCUCUCUCGGGUUGAAUGCAGAGCACUUGAGGAGUUUUUGUGAUUGAUGGGUUGUUUUUAAUAUGCUCAAAGGUGUGAAAAAUGAUUUCUAAGGUGUUAAAGAAGCCACAAUCUGAGGAGGGUCGGUGCUGGUUUUGGCUUUUGUUUGUUGCUUUGCAUUGAAACCAAGAGAGAAAAACUCGGUCCGUGAAUUGAGGCUUUGGUGGGUUAUAUAAGCGAGAUUUGAGCAUGCUUCUUUGGUGGCAAUAGAGGAAGUGUUUAGGAGAAGUGGUUUUUGAUGUGGAAUAUUGGAUCUAAGUAAAGACAUGCUGAGCUCUGAUGAGGGAGUUGAUGAUGUGUUCUUCGACUCAGCUGAUUGGUUGUCGUCUGAGGAAUCAGCUGUAGCGAAAGACGAAUCAAGAUGUUGGAGAUCUGAGUUUGAGGUGUGGAUGAAGGAACCACGUAGUGUCAAGGAAAGGCGCAAAAUUUUUUUAAGUGAAAUGGGUCUGGGUGAGUUUGCUCCUGUGAAUGAGAUGAUUGAGAUGGAAAGGAUUACAGAAUGCAGUGAAGCUGUUUUGAGUUCUGCUCAAGGAACUGAGGAAAAUGUGGGCUGUAAAAGAGAAACAAAUUGUGAAGCAAAUUGUAUGGUUGAUGAAUCGGAGGUGGAUGAUAUGACUGAACUAAGUGUGGCUCUUGAAGGCGAAAGCAUUGAACUUUGGCCGUCUGUAGGUGAGUCUCAGUUGGAAGUAUCCAAGGACGCCAGUGAGAAGGUAAAGAAAUGGUGGAAGCAUCUUGUAAGUGUGAGGAGGAGAAGGGAAGAUACAACUACUGCGGGUGUAGCAAAAGCAAAUUCUGAUAAACCCAAAAUGAAAAAAAUAAAGAUGAAGCAGAACCAGAAGAAGUUCACAGAGUUCACAGCUCUUUACACGGGACAAGAGAUUCAAGCUCACAAUGGCUAUAUCUGGACAAUGAAGUUCAGCGCUGAUGGGCAAUAUCUGGCUAGUGGUGGUGAAGAUGGGGUUGUGCGCAUUUGGCGUGUUACAUCAGAGGAUGCCUCUUGCAAAUCUUUCAUUGAUGAAGGCAAUUUCGGUAGCAUGGUCAGAGAAGGAAAGACCAUGUUUGGUAAAAAAAAGUAUAGCCAUGUGCCUGUUGUUGUACCUAAUAAGGUAUUCCGGAUAGAAAAGUCCCCACUGCAAGAAUUUCAUGGCCACACCAGUGCUGUUUUAGACCUAGCGUGGUCCAAUUCUAAUUAUCUUCUUUCAUGUUCAAUGGAUAAAACCGUUCGACUGUGGCAAGUGGGAUGCGAUAAAUGUAUUAACAUUUUCCAUCAUAGCAAUUAUGUAACAUGCAUUCAGUUCAAUCCCAAUGAUGAUAAUUACUUCAUCAGUGGCUCCAUAGAUGGAAAAGUUCGGAUUUGGGGAGUCUCUAAAGAGCGAGUUGUUAAUUGGACUUAUGUGAGGGAUGUAAUAUCUGCAAUAUGUUACCGGCCAAAUGGAAAGGGCUUUGUUGUUGGUACAGUUACAGGCACUUGCCGCUUCUAUGAAGCAUCAGGCAAUGAUCUUGAGUUGGAAGCAGAAAUACAUUUUCCAGAUGGAAAGAAAUCCUCCGGCAACAAGAUUACUGGGAUUCAGGAAGAAUCUCACAAAAUUAUGAUAACUUCCGAAGACUCCAAACUUCGUAUCUUAGAUGGGUUUGAAGUCAUUCAUAAAUUUAAAGGUCUUUCGAAGUCUGGAAGUCAGAUGUCAGCUUCCUUUACUACAACUGGGAAACACAUAAUCUCAGUUGGAGAGGACUGUCGUGUUUAUGUCUGGAGCUAUGACGACUUGUGUUUCCCAUCCUCGAAACACACAAAAUCUAUUCGUUCGUGCGAACAUUUCAUUGCCGAAGGUGUAUCUGUUGCAGUGCAGUGGUCAGGCAUGGGGGCAGAUCACAGGAGUCUGAGUAGUCUUCAGAGUUGCUCACAGAGAUGGGAUAACCUGGAGAGUUCAUCUUGGAAUAGAGAUGCGGAACGGUUCUCCCUCGGACGUUGGUUCUCCAUUGAAGGCUCGUGUAGGGCCCCUGCAACAUGGCCUGAGGAGAAACUUCCGUUGUGGGAGACAGCAGAAGAUCUAUAUUCUCAAUAUCAACAACACCACCACCAACAACAAUGCCAGAGUAAUCUCUACGAUCUCGCGGCAAUGUCGGAAACUUGGGGGCUUGUCAUUGUAACAGCAGGAUGUGAUGGAAUGAUCAAGACCUUCCACAACUAUGGAUUGCCUGUGAGGCUGUAAAGGGAAGAAGAAUAUAAAUGCGGUUGCCAUGUUAAGUCCUCCAUAUUAUUUAGAAUGGUGAAAUUUCCACUAGGUCAAGUCUUUUGACAUGCUUUGUAAUUGUUUUGUUCAUGUCAUAGGGCUUAAGUUUUGGUCUUGCUCUUUUUGAGGUGGACCGAUUGAUUUUUCAUUUAGCCAGUUUCAUUCUUCUUGUCAAUACCACAUAGAGUUAUAUAUUACACCAAAAAAUCCAAUUACAUUUUUCAUUA